AUGAACGAGUUACCAAAAUGGCGAAAGGGUUUCGUUGUUAAAGAUACACAUACUAAUCCGUACCUAAAUGGACUUAAGCCAGAUAUUAGUGUCUUUGUUGAGGAGGAUGUCAUUAGUUUUACCGAUGAAGACAAAGGGCAACUGAUAGAUUACAUUAACGUCCUCGUCGAGCAUCAGCCCUUGCGAGAACUAUUUGCAGUAUUUCUAUCAGAUGGUUUUCAAUUUUAUGUAAUGGCUUUUGAUAGGAAUACUAAAAGGUGUAGCGAGUUUACAACUAAUUUAAAGACAGGUUUACGUCUUUUUUGGGUGUUACUAAAUGCAAGCUCACCUUUUACAAAGAAGUCUGGACCCAGUAGUAUCGAUUUCUAUACGUCGGAUAAAAGGCUUAAAAAAUUUCAAAUAAAGGAGUUUUUAGGUGUGGGCUCCUCAUCAACAGUAUACAAGAUAGACUGGGAAGAUAAUAUAUCAGCCAUAAAAUUAUUUAAAAGUGGUCAUGAUCCGUCUCAUGAAGCUACCAUUCGGCGACUCUUGAAUGGGAAAAAUAUCAAAUACAUUCCAAAAUACGUUGCAAAUGAUAAUUAUUCUUUGAUUAUUCGUCCAGUUUGUGAAAAAAUUAGCGGUCAAUUCCGGGCAUUUCAUACCCUACAACUUCUUUGA